AUGACACCGGCCAUGCAGCGAGUGUUAAUAAAUAUGUGUUUAAGCUUUGUGUCAAUGCUACUGACAUGUGUAGGCAUGCGAACAUACUGCAAUGCUGAGAUAGUAGUAAAAACGACGACUACCCGUUGCCAGUCGCCAGCAUUUCUUAUGUACGAGGCAAUGAUGAGUUCAUAUCUGGAGGGAUAUUCAUCACUGACAACCAUCAUCGGGGACGAAAUGGUAGAUAAUGCCAUCAUUGAAGCGAUCAAGUGUCAUCGUGUUAGCAAACUUCAAGCAUCGUACAAGCUAUACACGGUCGAUACGUACUUCCAAUCGGUCGAGAAUGAUCGAAACGAUCGGAACUAUGGCUACAAUUUGAACCCUUACCCUCACUGGGAAGCGUUCCACAGUGAGGCGAAUGUGUCAAUGAUAAUGGAGCAAGUGCUGCCGGCGAUAGCGUUUCGCAAUCCGAUAGCAAGAGUUGUACUACUCAUUCGUGGUAUUGCCAAGUACGAUAUGCUGCAGUUCUUUCGCAGCGCAUGGACCCGUUUCAAGAUGUUGGACAUUCUUAUACUGAGUCGCAUAGACCAUCGCACACUGCUGGUGUGCUUGUUCAAUCCCUACCUGAGCAGUCGGGAUGAAAUGCUGGAGGAACGGAACAUGCUCUGCUUCCAUCUAAGAACGAUGGACGAUGUCCACCGGUUCGUUCGGGAAGGGCAACGUUUUACCUACGAGCGUAUUACCAACCUUCACCAGUACCCGCUGACGAUCGCCAUUACGGACGUUGAGCUGAUGUCGAAGGCGGUUUACUUUGCGAAUGAAACGAUUCGUCGCUAUCAAUAUCUCGAUGGUGAAAUGGUGGAAAUUAUGCGCGAACGAAUGAACUUUACGAUAAAGUACAACCAGCUCAACUAUCAGGAGUCGGUCGGCUUCAUCACCUCGAACGGCAGCCUAGGCGGCACGCUGCAGAUGCUAGAGCACAACACCAUCGAUCUGGCCGCCAACUCGCGCUCCAUCAUGCAGCACCCGAUGCGCAACUUGCAGUACGUGCACUUCCUUUGCCCCAUCCAGCUCGUCUUCGUGGUUCCGAUGAACUAUUUUCGCGAUCGUUACAAGGUGGUGUUUUUCCACUCCUUUUCGCUGCAAAUGUACUCUACCAAUUUCGCCAUGGCUGUGUUACUGCCGUUGCUGCUGCUGGUGCUGAUGCGCCGCGAGUUUUCACUAGCCGCCUAUACGAAGGAAACGUUUCGCAUACUCGCAAUUGUGUUUUCGUCCAGUGUUCGUUUGCCGCGCGAUAAUCGCCAUCGGCUAGUGCUGAUGGGGCUAAUGUUCUACAGCAUAGUGGCCUACUCGGCCUGGCAAGGUAUCACCAUCAUUCAGCUUAACCUGGACGAUGAAAAGCUGCGUAAUAUACAGACGCUGGAGGAACUAGUGAGUACGCAACUGAACCUGAAGGCUAUCAUUUCCUUUGGUAAUGCAAUACGCGGCAAGGUUUGGAACAGCAGUGAUGUGCGGGGUCGUAUAGCAGCCCGGCUGGACGUACAGUGGACACCGUCAAACAUAAGUCUGCUCCCAGAGGUGGCAGAUAACCGAACAUCCGCUGUGCCUAUCAUCGAGUAUUUCAUCGAGGUGGUAAGGUCUCGCUACUUCGACCAGGAACGCAAACAGAGCAAACUGUACUUCGUUCGGCAACCGUUCAUCGAGUAUCUGACCGCAAUGGCGCUGCCCAAGAAUUCCCCGCUGUUUCCCACGAUACGACGGUUGACGAUGAACUGUCUCGAGAAUGGGAUAGUGAACCAUCAGCUGUCGCUCAUAAGACAGAAGGGCGUACUGCUGCAAAUUGCACAGAACCGGAACAAAACUUUGCGCGAUGAGCCUCCGGCCCGACGGGUUAACCUGUUCAAUAUGCGCCUCGUGUUUUUCGUUUAUCUGUUGAUGAACGGAGUGGCUAUUUUGGUGUUCUUAGGUGAAAUAGCGUAUUAUCGCUAUCACGAUCAGCAAACAACAACACGUAGGAAUCGCAUGUGGGUUCGGGUACGAAGAUCUUCUACAGUAUGGCCAUACGUUGAAUGA